CCCGAUUUGAGAGGCUCAAGUGUCGAAUUUAUGGCCCAAAAAUGACCCGAAAAAACCCCGAAAUUGGGUAAAUUGGGGCCGGGCUGGAAUUGGGGUGAAACCCCCCGAUUUUGGGUCCCCCAGCCCCAUUUUUCCUGCCAGGCCCGGCCGUGCCAUGGAGGAGGAGGAGGAGAAACCCCCCCGGGGGGGGGAGGAGCCGCGAGAGCAGCGGGAGGGACCCGGCCAGGGGCUACUGAAAGCUCUGCAGCGCCUCCUGAGCGGCGCCGGCACCUGGGGACAAGACCCCCCCCACAAGCCCCCCCGGCUGCAGCGCUGGUGCUGGGGAGCCCGGCCCGAGGGCGGCACGGUUUGGGAGCCCGUGGGGGGCCCGGGGGGGGCCCUGGAGCAGCUGCAGCUCAGCAGCGGGGAGGGGUCCCCCGAAGACGAGGAGCUGGAGUUGGUGGCCGAGGUCCGCGUGGCCGAUUUGGGGGGGCUGGCGGCCGCCUCGGGGCUCCUGCGCCGGGAGCGGCCCUGGAGAGCCCCCAAAGGAGGUCCCCUCCCUGGCUCCUCCUCCCGCCGCUGGCGCGUCCCCGGGGGUCCCCCGUGCCCCCCGGGCCCCCCCGCCGGGACCCCCCCGGCUCCUCCCCUCCCCCACCGGACCCGCCGCGCCCCUCCCCCGACCCCGGCCCGGCCUCGGCGCCCCCGGGGACCCCGAGCGGCGGCUCCGGGGGGGCCGGGGGGACCCCAAAAACAACAACAGCACCAACAACAACAGCGCCCCCCACAACCACCCCCCGCCGGCCGCGACGAGCCCGGCCGCGCCCACCCGCCGGAAAAAGCCGAUUCCUCCUCCUCUUCCUCCUCUUCCUCCUCUUCUUCCUCAUCCUCAUCCUCCUCCCGCUCUUCCUCCUCGCCCGCCUCCUCUUCCUCCUGCCCCCCGCCCGUUCCCGCCCGGCCCCGCUCGCCCUCCCUGGAUAUUUAUGAUCCUUUCCACCCCACGGACGAGGAGAACCCGGCGGGCGGCGGCGGCGGCGCGGCGCCGGAAUUCGGUUACGGCGCCGGUUCUGCCGGAACCGCCGGCGGCGCCGCCUCAUCUUCCUCGCCCGGCAAAGAGGCCGAAGGGCGGCAGGACCAGAAGUACGACCCCUUCGACCCCACCGGCUCCAACCCCAGCUCCUCGCGCAGCAGCCCCAGCCCCGAGGAGGAGGAGGAGGAGGAGGAGGAGGAUGAAGAGGAGGAGGAGGAAGAAGAGGAGGAGGAAGAGGAGGAGGAGGAGGAGGAGGAGGAGGAAGAGCAGCCGGCGCUGCCGGACGUCUCGCACAGCAUCAGCCGCAUCUCGGAGACCUUGGCCGGCAUCUACGACGACAACAGCCUGAGCCAAGACUUCGAGAAAGAUCCGGAGCCGGCGCCGCCCAAAACGCCGCCCAACGCGCCCGGCGCCGACUCCACGCUGCCCGAGGAGGAGGAGGAGGAGGAGGAGGAGGAGGAGGAGGAGGAGGAAGAGGAGGAGGAGGAGGAGGAGGAAGAGCGGGAGGAAGGCUCCUCGCCCCGCCGUGCCGCCGCCGCCGCCGUGGAGGCGGAGCCGCGCCGCCGCGUCUUCGUGGUGGAUCUGGGCGGCAAAGGCCGCGCCGAGAGCGAGGCGCACGCCAAAUUCGACGGCAAGCUCUCCCUGGAGGUGGUGACCGCCGGCAACGCCAAAGCGCCGCCGGCAGCACCGCAACCCCGCGGUGGAGGAACCGCCAACGCCGCCGGAACCGCUGCAGGGGCGCCGAAACCGCCGCGGCACCGCGGGCGGCGCGAGUGGGGCACGCCGGGCGACUCGGAGAUCGAGGAGGGCGAGAUCGUGCAGCCGGAGGAGGAGCGCUUCAGCCCGCUGCGGAUCUUCCGCGGCACCGCCGGCACCACCGGGAGCGCCGGGAACGCCCGUGGCCGCGCGCCGGAGCCGCGAGCGCCGCGGCUGCCCGAGGGCGGCGACGAUUUCCUGUCGCUGCACGCCGACUCGGACGAAGAGGCCGAUUUCGGCGCCGAGUCGCAGCCGGAUCCGCGCUGGAAAAGCGGCGGCGCCGCCGGCGGCGGUUCCGACCUGCGGCGCAAAAUCCUGAGCCAGCGGCGGCUCCGCGCGCCGCCCUCGCUGCGCUCGCCGUCGGCGGCGUCCCGCAAGAAAUCCAAACGGUCCCGCGAGCGCGGCGGCUCCUCCGGCACCGGCGGCACCGCCUGGGCCGGCGGCAGCGCCAAGAAAGCGCCGGAGCCGGCGCCGAAAUCGAAGGAGCGGCACCGGCGGCGCGGGUCGCGGUCGCGGUCGCGCCGGCGCUCGUGGUCGCGGCGCUCGCGCUCGCGGGAGAAGCGGCGGCGGCGGCGCUCCGGCAGCUCCGGCCGCUCGCGGCACAAGGAGAAGCACCGCGGCGAGAAGAAGAAGAAGAAGCAGCGCUCGCGGUCCCGGGAGCGCCGCGGCUCCCGGCGCGACGCCGAGGCCAAGGCGGAGAAGGGCGAGGCGGCGCGGCGCCGCGAGCCCCGCGCCGUGGUGCCGCCCUCGGUGCAGGAGCUGAACGACUCGGACCUGUUCGCCAUCAAAAGGACCAUCACGGUGAGCCGGCGCGCCGCCGGCACGCCCGAGCCCAAGCGGGAGGUGCUCUACGACUCGGAGGGGCUGAGCUUCGAGGGCUUCUCCGACCGCGAGCACGCCGAGCCGCCGGCGCGCAAAACCGACGCGCGGCCGGCGCCCAACGAGCCCGGCAAGAAGGAGAAGGAGAGGAAGCGCGGCCGCACCGAGGAGCGGCCGCCGGCCAGGGAGAAAUACAAGAAGAAAUUCAAGGAUUACGCCGAGCCGGCGGCGGUUGAACCGGUGAAAAACAAGGAGAAACAACGGGAAAAAACCGGGCGGAAAGGCAAAACCGCGCACGGCAAGGAAGCGGCGGAAACGGCGGCACCGAAAGCUCCGGCGGUGCCGGCGGCGCCGAGGAAGGUGAAGCUGCAGUCCAAGGUGUCGGUGCUGAUCCGUGAGGGCGUCAGCUCCACCACGACGCCCGGCAAGGACGGCGGCACCGCCGGCAUCGGGGUGAAGUUCGCCCGCAACGCCGAGAGCCGCGCGGCGUUCCUCAAGGCCGAGGAGAAGGCGGAGAAAGGAACCCCCAAACCCGAACCGCGGAACGAGGCGGGGGCGAAACCGCGCAAAGCCAAACCCCCCAAAACCAAGGGCGCGGUCAAGAAGGUGAAGGUUAAAACCAAGGGUGAAGCGCGCAAGAAGAGGAAAACCAAAACCAAAACCGGCGCUGGCGGCGCUGCCGCGCUGAAGAAAUCCAAGGCCGACAGCUGCAGCCAAAGCGCCGCCUCCCCCCCGCUCCGCCUGCCCCCCAAAACCGAACCCGCCUGGUCCGGCUCGGAGAAAUCCGCCGGGGGGACCCCAAAACCUCCCAGCCCCCCGUCACCGGCGGUGGCGGCGCCGAAAUCGGUGAGCGCGGCCGGCGCGGCGGAGCGGGAGCUGACGCCGGACUCGCAGACGGUGGACAGCAGCUGCAAGACCCCCGACGUGUCCUUCCUCGCCGAGGACGGCGCCGCGGCGCCCCCCAAAACCGAGGGGACGGGCGUGGGGGACCCCCAGAGUGGGGCGGACCCCGAGGCCGACAGCCGCAGCGAGGGGAAGGACGACGGCGGCAGAGCGGCACCGGCGGCACCGGCGGCACCGGCACCGGCACCGGGCUGGAGCCUGCAGGGCGGCGUGGACUGCGCCACCAGCGGCGUCCUGGCACUGACGGCGCUGCUGUUCAAGAUGGAGGAGGCCAACCUGGCCAGCCGGGCCAAGGCGCAGGAGCUGAUCCAGGCCACCAACCAGAUCCUGAGCCAGGGCAAGGCCGCCCCUCCCCCCCUGGGCCCCGCCCCGCCCCCCCCCGCCCCCCCGGGCCCCCCCCAGGCCCCCCCCCGUACCUGCUGCCCCUCGGGGGGGGCCCCCCCGCGCCCCCCACCCCCACCCUGCCCGGCCUGGGGGGGGCGGGGCCCGGAGCCCCCCUGUACGGGGGGGACAGGAGGGACAGCGAGGGCAGAGGGGACAGCGACAAGUACCUGCAGAAGCUGCACACGCAGGAGCGCGCGGUGGAGGAGGUGAAACUCGCCAUCAAACCCUUCUACCAGCGCAAGGACAUCAGCAAGGACGAGUACAAGGACAUCC